CCCAGCCACCUGUUGGGGGUUCAUAUAACCCACCCCUCGCUGUCCCUAAGCUCAGGCUCCCUUGGGAUCCUUCUAAACAACAGCAGGUACCUGUGAAGGAGAACAGUGCAACAACAAACAGGUUGUCGGAGCCACCGAGAAAAGAAAGCAGUGGAUUUCUCCUUACUGCUCCUGUAGGGGUUCUUCACCUUUCAGACUUCGGUCCAUCCUUCUCCAACCCAGCUCCUAAAGUGGCCCUUUACAGACAGUUAUUUCUGGAUGACCCCACAUCAUAAACCGUCUCUUGGAAGCUAUAGAUUGCCAUCUCCAAGGCUGCUUUCCUUUGCAGGUAACCCAAGAAGGCCUCUUCUGUAAAGAUACUGCUCGCUAAUAUACUAAAGAGACUUAAUUUUUCAGAAAAGCUCCAUAAGUUUCUUUGUCCUGGGCAGCCACGUCAGUGCAAUAUUCUUUCGGGAUUUAUUAUCUGACUUUGCUUUCAGGGGGAAAACAUAGACUUCUGAUGUUGCAUCCCUCAAUUUAGAGGUUGCAUUUUUGAAUUAUCGUCUUCAUUGGCUUCUAUCCAGAACAGCUUGUCUCUUGGUGUUGCUGCCCAUAAUCCACCAUCCUUGGCCCUCCUAGAGGGCAGUGGCAGAAAGAAAAAAGAGGUCUGCAUUUUAUAGCCUAAGUGAAGAAUACCCAAAAUGGCAUCUGCAGGGCUAGAGAUCAUGGCUAUGGGCCUGUGCGUCUUCGGCUGGUUGGGGACUAUCCUUUCGUGUGCAUUGCCCAUGUGGAAGGUUUCAGCGUUCAUUGGAAACAACAUUGUUGUGGCACAAAUAAUCUGGGAGGGGCUGUGGAUGAAUUGUGUUGUACAGAGUACUGGCCAGAUGCAGUGCAAGAUCUAUGAUUCCAUGUUAGCCCUGCCUCAAGAUAUCCAAGCUGCCCGGGCCCUCAUGGUUGUCUCUGUGGUGCUUGCUGUCCUAGCAUUAUUGGUGAGCAUUGUUGGAGCCAAGUGUACCAACUGUGUGGAGGAAGAAGGUAACAAGGCACGUAUUGUCAUUACCUCAGGUGCCUUCUUCAUCAUCUCGGGGCUCCUUGCACUCAUUCCUGUGUGCUGGUCAGCCAACUCCAUCAUCCGUGACUUUUACAAUCCAGUUGUGGCUGAACCUCUCAAAAGGGAACUGGGGGCUGCUCUCUACGUUGGCUGGGCAGCUUCCGCCUUACUGCUCCUCGGAGGAUCACUCCUGUGCUGUUCCUGCCCACCACGGGAGAACCGUUACCCAGGCCGCCUUGCAUAUUCUGUCCCAGCCAGAUCUACUGCUCCACCAGGCAGUGCGAUUGACAAGCGGGAUUAUGUAUGAGCAGCUGUGGUGGUGGUGAAAUUUGCCAGAUACUGCAAGGCCCAAACUAAGACAGUCAUUAUUGGCCCAAGGACUUCUGGAGUAAGGAGCUGGGACAACUAAUCAGCUUGGGUUCAGCUGGGAUAUCUGGCAACUCUGGAAUGUCGGUGCACGUAUGUGUGGGUAUACAAGCUUGAGUGAGAGAUGUGAAUGAGUGGAUGACCAGGGAAAUGUGAACAAAUGAAGGGAUAUAUGAGAGAAUGAACAAACAUUUCUGAAUGAGAUGAGUACAUCAGCAAACACAAGUGGAAUGCAGAAACAAGUGGGGCAGCUGAACAAACAAGGGCAGGUUGAUAGGAGAAGUAUAUGGAUAAGUUAACAGCUACACAAAAUGUCCAUGGAGAUGAAAAAUAAAGAGGUAGAUGAGGAAGAAUAGAAACACCAUGAUAGCAAUGGAUGUGCCAUUUGGUAGAAUGAGGUAGCUAUCUCAAGCCAAACUAGUGGUCGUCUCCUUUUCCCCGUUGUUUCUUCAAAGACUUCAGGCUGUUCCUUCUCUUGGAAGACUGAACUGUGAGCCACAAGGUGUGCCCUGGGUUUCUAAACUAGCUGGCUGUCCUUAUAAGCUGGCCUGUCAGUGAUGAUGAAGUGUGAGUCGACUUCCAAACCAACUGACUUUUGUACAUAGAAUAUAGUGCUGCCAUAAUGGAAAGUGGUCAGACAACCACCGCAGAGGAUCUUGGAGGAAGCAGAUUAUCUCGACCAUUUAAGUUGGGUUUCAGGCUGUACAGUACAGUAUAGAGAGAGCACUGGUUUCACUUGCUGGUGACCUUUGGGGGAGUUGGGAUGGGAGUGGUGCUUCUUGAUCCCUCAGUGUCUUUCAGUACCAUUGAUCACAGUAUCCUUCUGGACCAGCUGCAGGGUUUGGGGGUGAGAGGCAUCAUUUUAUGGUGGUUCUCCUCCUUCUGAGGUCAGUUCCAGUCAGUGUUUGUGUGGGGGAGGAGAUGUUACACCCAGAGCCCCUUGUUUAUGAGGUGCAUCAGGGCUUGAUGCUUCCCCCCUCCUGUUUAACAACUACAUGAAACUGUUAGGUAAGGUCACCCAUCAGUAUCACCAGUAUGCAGAUGAUGCCCAAUUAUUUAUCUUGACUCCAGGCCAUCCAGGUGAUGCUGCCAAUGUCCUGUCCCAGGGUCUGGAGGCUGUUCAGGUCUGAAUGGGGAGGAACAAACAGAUUCAAUCCUGGCAAGACCAAGUGGACUAUGUAUAUUUGACCCUCCUAGAUCUGGGGACUUUCCAUCUUUAGUUUUAUGGGAUAGCGCUUCCCCGCUUGAGACUGGUAUGCAACCUGAGGAUCAUCUUGGAUUCAUAUCUUCUGCUCAAAGAGCAGGUGGCAAGUUGUGGCCAGGAGGGUCUUUGCACAGAUCCAUCUGGUGCGCAAGUUGCACCUGUUCCUAGAUUGGGAGGCCCUUUAGAUGCUCACUUAUGCCCUAGUUACCUCAUGAACGGACUAUCGCAAUGCGCUGCACAUGGUACUGCCUUUGAAGACCUCUUGGAAGCUACAACUGGUUCAGAAUGCAGCAGCGCAGGCAGUGGUGCCCAUGCUACGGUAUGCCCAUUUAUCAUCACUGCUGCAUGAGUUGUACUGGUUCCCAGUCUGCUUCCAGGUGUAAUUCAAGGUGCUGAUUAUUUCCUAUAAUACCCUUCAUGGCACAGGGCCUGGUUAUUUGAAGGAUUGCCUGUUCUGAUAGUUUCUGCCCACCCAGUAAGAUUAGGCAGAGUAGGUGCAUUCCAGAUCCCUUUAAUUAAACAAUGUUGGAACCUAGGAAGUGCGUCUUCUCUGUUGUGGUGCCUGGCCUCUGGAACAGCAUCCUCUCCAGAAAUCUGUAAGGCUCCCACCCUGACGACAUUCCAAAAGAUUUUGAAGACUUUGGGGUAGGGUGGGUGUAGAGCCCCUGACAGAUGUUUCCUUUUUGUUUUCUGAAUGUCCAUGGUUCUUUUUUCUUAUUGUAUGUUUUUCUUAUUUUUUAAAGUGUAAGCUGCUCAGAGUCACCUGGAGUCAGGUGGCCCCUAAGUUUAAAUAAAUAAAUACAUAAGUAUCCUUCGUGUCAAUCAGCAAAUUGUUUUGGGCCGGCCCAGGCAGAUGUACAAAGAGAAUAGACCAUGAGACCAUGAGAAUAGACCAUGAAGCUGACAAAUUAAAUAACGAGAAGACCAGAAAAUGGCACUGGCUGUGAUAUAAACUCCUUGGACUAGUCUGAUACAAAAGCCAUUUUUGGGUCAAGAUCUAAACUGAAGAGAAUAAGGAGAGACAGAGUUGAAGAAAAACUGUGGAAUUUAAUUCUGAAAGGAACAAAAGAGGAACGAAUGCAUGUUUGACUGAAAAAAUCAGGGACUUAAUGAAUCUGAGAAGACUUGGGAAGAGAAAAGGUAGCCAAGCCAAACCUGCAUAAAUAACAAAUGAUUCAUGGAAGAUUUGAAUGUCGGAGGAAGGCCAGAAUUCCCUGCAAGUAUGGUGCAGGAAAAAAAGUCAGAAGAGGGAGCAAAGAAGCUAGUUUGGAUUUAGUGAAACAGUUGUUGAGGGGGGCGGGUAGUGGGAAAGGACCCUGACCCUACAAUUGCCUUGGACUGGUGCUGUUUGCUCUCUGGUUAAUAAUUUGUCAAGGAUUUGGCCACUCUCAGGGGCCUGGAUAAACAAAGGGGUCAGUUUCUUCCGCUGACCAUUGAUCUUUACCCACCACAAUCACCUGCCUCAGACAGUGAUAGAAAGAAAUGCAUUGGAAAGAAAGAAAUAGGACUUCGAACAAAUGCAUUAAGCCUCAUUUCUUUUACAGAGAUAAUUCUGGCUUGCAGCCUGUUUGGAUUUGGGUUAGACUCUUUGGAAAAAAAGACAUUCUUUCUUCUCUCUUGUUUUGCUCUAUUUGUUUUGUUUUUCAGAGAUGUCCUGAAAUCAUGUAAUUCCCUCAUGGGGCUCCAUUUCAUGGUUCUCCCACCCAGAGUUCUGUAUAGUGUUAACUGGCAACUAUAUUAUUCUGAUAAAUUAAA